UCAGCACCAACAGCAGCGAGAGUCACUGCAGCUGGACGCUGUCAAGAUGAGGAGCCGUGUCCCCGCUGUUGUCCUGGCAGUUCUGCAGCUCUGCAGUCCGGCGCUGCAGUCCGACCCGCUGCUGCAGUCCGACCCGCUGCUGCAGUCCGACCCGCUGCUGCAGGGCACCAAAGAAAAACCAAGCAAGUUAUGGCUGAACCCAUCCUUUGAAAACGUGAUCCCGUCCCGAAGAGUCAGCAACCUUCCAAAGAUAGGAGAGAUGUUUGGAACCAAGAAGACCUCCCACUCCUUACCCAUGUUUAGCGAACAUGUCAACCUGAAGUGGGUGGCGUGGAGUGGAUCCCUCCCAGAUGGCGCUGUUGGGAUCUUUAACGGUUACACUGAGCGGACCGACUAUGUGUGCAAAGUCAACUGUGAGGCCGGUUUCUACAGUCCCAGCAAAGGAAGUUCCUGCCAGUACCCCUUCGCUGACAAAGAGUACGCAUCCUCCAAGUUCGAGGUGCUGGUCAACGUGGACCACUUUGAGUUCCUGAUGUGGGUUGAAGAUUCAUACGGUUCGGUUCCUCAGUACUCCAUUAGAACCUGCCCCAACUCAGACAUCUUUGUGGGUAAAAACAAGUACGGACUCGGCAAAAUUGUGACAAGACACGAGGCGUUCUUCCUGCCCUGGGAGGGCGAUGAGUACUGGUAUAAGAAGUACCAGGUGCUUGUCAUCAACCGAGACCUCUACAGCCAGCACAUCUCCCACGUGGAGUACGCCGUCGACCGGAUGGAGCUGUUCCACCAUCCGCCAGAAGCCCUGAAGCUCACCAAGGUCACCAACCUGGGGUGCCAAGACGUGGAGAAGACCGUAACACUGGAGAAGACCACCACGGUUAGGAAGACCUGGAACAUCGGCAGGGAGACCCGGAACGGCUCCGUGUCCACCAUGACGGCCAAAGUGCCGAUCCUGGCCCCGGGGAACGUGGACUUCACCAAGGAGCAGACUGUGACCUUCUCAGAGGGCACCGCCACGGUGGAGUCCAUCAGUCACACGGUGUCCGUGGUGCUGACGGUCCCACCCAACCACUCCUGUGCUGUGAGGAUGGACGGCCGGAAGAUGACGGCGAACAUCCCGUUCACAGCCAGGCUGAGCAGGACCAACCACAACGGAGAAACCCACUGGACCUCCAUCAGCGGCAGCUACGACGAUGUGAGCGUUGGCGAGAUCAGCGCUGUGGUGGAGAGGUGUCAGCCGGUGACGGACGCACCGCCCUGCUCCCCGAAGCAGAGAUCAGGCUGAUUAUGAAAUAAAACAAAAACAUGUCUCUCUACAUUUACCUACCUUCUAAGACAAAGUUUAAUUAAAUAAAGGAUUCACAAUAUCACCAUGUUAUCAGUGUCUUUGAAUUAAAGUCUUGGACGUACCAAGUCCUAAAGAUGAGGUCAAAUCUGGUCUGGGAACUGUAAGUUAAGUUACACUGUAAAACAUUAGUUUGGUCUAGUUAGCCUGCCGUAGAGAAAAAAAUGGGAUAAAAAAUAA